UGGAGGGAGCCGGGCCGCGGGUGAAGACGCAGCCUCGGCGCCCUCGCCCUCUUGGGGCGGGCACCGCUAACGGGACUGCAGACAAAGCCCUGAGGCCGGCCCCAGGCUCCCUCUACUGAGGGGUCCCCACGUGCGCCUCCCCACGCCCCGCCACGUGGGGGACCCGGCCCCCUGCUCCUCUGUUCCCACGGCCUCAGCUCCCGCAGCCUCGGGGGAUGAGGGGGAGUGUUCCUCGGCUGGGCCGCUCCCGCUCCGGGGCGGCAAGGGCGGACCCGGAGUUUGGAGCCGUUGUCACCGGACCCGGGGCAGUCAGGGGUCUUGGACGCGGCCUAGGCCCACCCCCUCGCAUUUGACAGGUGUUGCCCCUGCCGGAUGGGAGUGACCCCGCGUGUCCGUGCUGGUUGAGGUGGCACACACACCAUGUCAUCAUGUGUCUCUAGCCAGCCCAGCAGCGACCGGGGCGCCCCCCAGGAUGACCUGGGAGGAGGGGGCGGCAGCAGUGAAGGCCAGAAGCCCUGUGAGGCCCUGCAGGGCCUCUCGUCCCUGAGCAUCCGGCUGGGCAUGGAGUCCUUUAUCGUGGUCACUGAGUGUGAGUCGGGCUGUGCUGUGGCCCGGGACCGGCCCCUGGAGGCUGAAGGCCGAGAGGUCUCUCUCACUGCCUCCGGGUCCCAGAUCCGGCCCCAGCUCUGCAGUCGCAAGCUCUCUCUGCAGGAGCGGUCGCUGCUGGAUGCGGACGGGCGCUGCGUCUGCCCAGCGCUGCCCGCCUCGCCCGUGGGCUCCCCGCAGUCCUCGCCGCGCCUGCCCCGGCGGCCCACGGUGGAGUCCCACCACGUCUCCAUCACUGGUAUGCAGGAUUGUGUACAGCUGAAUCAGUAUACACUGAAGGAUGAAAUUGGAAAGGGCUCCUAUGGCGUGGUCAAGUUGGCCUACAAUGAAAAUGACAAUACCUACUACGCAAUGAAAGUGCUGUCCAAAAAGAAGCUGAUCCGGCAGGCGGGCUUUCCACGUCGUCCCCCACCCCGGGGCACCCGGCCAGUUUCAGGGGGCUGCAUCCAGCCCAGGGGCCCCAUUGAGCAGGUGUACCAGGAAAUCGCCAUCCUCAAGAAGCUGGACCACCCCAAUGUGGUGAAGCUGGUGGAGGUUCUGGAUGACCCCAACGAGGACCAUCUGUACAUGGUCUUUGAACUGGUCAACCAAGGGCCUGUGAUGGAAGUGCCAACUCUCAAACCGCUCUCUGAAGACCAGGCCCGUUUCUACUUCCAGGAUCUGAUCAAAGGCAUUGAGUACUUACACUACCAGAAGAUCAUACACCGGGAUAUCAAACCCUCCAACUUGCUGGUCGGAGAAGAUGGGCACAUCAAGAUCGCAGACUUUGGUGUGAGCAAUGAGUUCAAGGGCAGCGACGCACUACUCUCUAACACUGUGGGAACGCCUGCCUUCAUGGCACCUGAGUCGCUCUCAGAGACACGGAAGAUCUUCUCUGGGAAGGCCUUGGAUGUUUGGGCCAUGGGUGUGACACUGUACUGCUUUGUGUUUGGCCAGUGUCCGUUCAUGGAUGAGCGAAUCAUGUGCUUACACAGUAAGAUCAAGAGUCAGGCCCUGGAAUUCCCAGAUCAGCCUGAUGUAGCUGAGGACCUGAAGGAUCUGAUCACCCGCAUGCUGGAUAAGAGCCCUGAGACAAGGAUUAUGGUGCCAGAGAUCAAGCUGCACCCCUGGGUCACAAGGCAUGGGGCGGAGCCGUUGCCAUCGGAGGAUGAGAACUGCACACUGGUGGAGGUGACCGAAGAGGAGGUCGAGAAUUCGGUCAAACACAUUCCCAGCCUGGCGACCGUGAUCCUGGUGAAGACCAUGAUUCGGAAACGCUCCUUUGGGAACCCGUUUGAGGGCAGCCGACGGGAUGAGCGCUCCUUGUCAGCGCCUGGAAGCCUGCUCACCAAAAAACCAACCAGGGAGUGUGAGCCCCUGUCUGGGCCCAAGGAAGCAAGGCAGCGAAGACAGCCGCCUGGGCCCCAACCCGGCCCCCGUGGGGGAGGAGGAAGUGCGCUUGUGAAAGGCGGUCCCCGCGUGGAGAGCUGGGGGGCCCCGGGCGCCGGCCCGCGCGCACGCAUGCAUCCUCUGCAGCCCGACCAGGCGAUGGAGUAGCUGCCGGGAUCGUGCAGCCUCGCGUGCAGGCGGCACACCUUCCCGGGCUGCCCCCGUGUUGCCAUAGCAGCAUGUCCUCGGAAAUUCAGCAAGUGUGUAGAGCCUUGACAGUCAUCUCUGGUUUGUUUUUUUCCUUUGUUGUU